CUAAUAUAACAUUCACAGCAAAAGUAUUCUAUUAGAACAUUAUGAGAACAAUGGAACCGAUAAUCUUGUUUUACAAAAUUUCCUUCUUUGCAGCACUUCUCAUUUCAUCAAAUAUAUUCGUUGAAGCGGGAAAUGUUGGUGUGAACUAUGGAAGGCAAGGAAACAACCUACCGUCCCCGAGUGCAGUCGUUAGCCUCUUAAGAUCGAGAAAUGUGGACCGAAUUCGGCUUUUUAGUCCAGAUUGGGAUGUCCUAAAUGCCCUACGAGGGUCAGGAAUCGGAGUCGUACUUUGUGUCCCCAACCGAGAUAUCCAAAGGAUGGGAAAUGAUCCAGAUUUUGCUGGAAAUUGGAUUUGGAACAAUGUCCUUUCAUUCGGUGAUGUUCAAUUUCGAUACAUUUCAGUGGGAAAUGAAGUCAAUAUUCCUUACGCUGGAGAGUCAAAUCACAUUCUUCCUGCUAUGCGAAAUCUUCAUAAUGCACUUAGAGCUGCUGGGAAAACAACUCCAGUUACUACAACUAUUUCUUUUGGUGGGUUGUAG